GCAAGAAUGGGUUUCUUCUACAUAUGCUACACAUCUGCUUUGUUUCUUUUUAUAGCCUUUUCUAAAGGAGAUUCCACGGAAAUCAUUGGAGGGAAGAAAGCUAAGGCCCAUUCCAGACCGUACAUGGCAUUUUUUACAGGUAGCGAUAAUUGUGGAGGGACUUUGAUUAAAACAAACUGGGUUUUAACAGCAGCGCAUUGUAAAGUUGAUGAUAAGUCAGUGGUCAUUCUGGGAGCCAAUUAUUGGAAGCAAUAUGAACGAGAACAGCAAAGGUUUUCUGUUUCCAAAAUAUUGAAAUAUCCAGGCUUUCAAAGUCGCACACUAUCCAACGAUUUUCAGCUUAUACAGUUAGAUCGUCAUGCAAAGCUAGGCCCGUUUGUUUCAGUUUUUCCAUUUCCAAAGUCUACUGAUGAUAUGAAAGAAAACACUCAGUGUAACACUGCAGGUUGGGGCUACACCGUACCUAAUGUCCCACCUAAUGUCCCACAGCUAUCAAGGUAUCUACGUGAAACUAACUUAACUAUAAUUGAUAGAGCCAGCUGCCGAAGUGAAUAUAGAAAACAGAAUAUAAAAGCACUCAUAACUGAAAACAUGCUCUGUGCAAAACCAGUUGAGGACCGGAGAGAUGAUGCAUGCAUGGGUGACUCUGGCGGUCCUCUAAUUUGUGAAAAUCAACUGCGAGGAAUUGUGUCAUAUGGGGACAGCACCUGCAGUUCUAAAGUACCUACAGUUUAUACUCGACUAACAUCAAAAUAUGUGAAGUGGAUAGAGGCAAAGAUUGCUGCUUUCUAAAUCUGCAUUUCAUUCAGACUGUUUAUCAAUGCAAAUUAAAAUUAUCUUACCAGCAUCAUUGGAUAUUAUACUGUCAUUGCUUUUGCCCUUAGCCACUAUGAUGAUAUAUUUGUACGUUUACAAAUGAUAAUGUUAUAUUUUUUUCUUUUCGAACAAUGUGAUGUCUUUAGAAAUGCAAUAUGAAUUUGAUGUUGUUAAUUUAUGAUAACAUAGGCCCUUGUUGGGUCCCAAAAAGAUAUGGCAAUGGAAUCCAAAGCAAAACUGUAUAAACACACCACAAAGACUACACCCCCAAGCCACAACCAAACCUCAAAGUUUAAUUCAUGCAAAAUGUUAUGUCCCUCAUGACAUCCUACUAUACUAUACAUUGGCUGUUAAAACUACCUAUUCAUGCACCCAUCUCUUACUCAACAAGACACCAGAUCAACCCUAUCCAUCUCCUAACCACUUCAUUAGCAGUUAUAUCAAACCCUCCUCCAUCUCAUCUUUAUUAGCAAUCACCUAUCCCAAUCUUCAUUAGCAGUUACAUCACAUCCACUCAUUCAUUUUGUCCCUCACAUCAUAACAAUCACCUCACCCCACUACAUUUUUAUAGCAAUCUUGCCACUUCAUUAGCCAUUCCACCACCUCUCUCUCCCAUAAAAAAUCACAACCAUCCCUCUCUUCCUAAAUCCAUUUUGUGAAUGUGUGAAACAAGAAGCAGAAAUAUAUUUUCUCACAUCCUCCAAUUUAUCUGGUAGUCUAAUAGAGUUGAGGCAGCAGAGGUCUUAGUACAAGUUUUUAUCAGUGCUUCUCUGCAUGGUUGUUUAUUUGAGGUGCCAGCUAUAGAAGGAGGUAGACAUAUGAUGCAAUAUGCUCCAC